CUCAUAAUCAGUUGAUCACGCAUUAUGUAUCUAUAUUGUAACAGCAUUAGCGCGGUUUUUUAUAUUGACAAAACGUACCUAAAUAAUGCGAAGUGCGGGUAUUUUGAGGCUCCGCAUCUGUCAUAUAUAUUAGCGUCGCGACGCCUAUCCCCCAGUAUACCUUAAGAUUUCCGCUCCUAGCGCACACAACCCGGAAAAGUGUGGUGUCAAACAAACUUAAACAAAUUCGUACCAAAAAUCGUAAACCAAUGACAUUUUUGAAAUGUUCGCAAUAUGGCUAUUGAAUAUUCGCCAAGUGGUUUGUGAUUGAAGGGGCAAUAUCUUGAUUAAAUCCUUGAGGAACGUGCAGACGAAUGAAACUCCAAUUAAGUUCACUUCCCUUCGUGUAAUAACAAUGUGUGAUGAUAUUAUUGACAACGUAACGGACAUAAACAACACAAUAUUUGAUUGGAACGAAUUAAUACCGGCAGUUGUUGUUUAUAGUGUAACAUUUGUAUUGGGGCUCGUUGGCAAUUGCCUAAUUAUUUUCACGACUUUCCAGUACCGAGGGAUGCAAAGUGUGACUAACGUUUUCCUUUCCAGUCUAGCAUCGGCCGAUUUGCUCCUCAUCAUCAUCUGCAUCCCUGUCAAGUUGGCUAAGCUUUUCUCGUACAUCUGGAUCAUGGGAUUUUUCAUAUGCAAGAUGAUCCACUAUUUGCAAAAUAUAUCCGCAAUUUGUUCCGUGAUGACUCUCACAGCGAUUAGUAUUGAACGCUACUACGCGAUCGUGUACCCCAUGAAGGCCAAAUACAUCUGCACAAUCAAUCAAGCGAAACGCAUAAUUGGGGUCAUCUGGAUAAUGUCUUUUGUUCUGGCAGUGCCAACGCUGUUUGCCCAGAGCCACAUGCGGGUCUCAAAUAACAACGACCCCACGGAGUACUACAUAUGCGUGAAAGACUGGGAUUCUACCGAAGUUUGGAGGUUUCACGAAAUUUACAUGCUUGUUGUAAUACUGAUUGUGCCGUUCGUUAUUAUGACUUUUUCAUACACUACCAUUUGUUGGGAAGUGUGGAAAGUAAUGGAAAGACGGUCGGUUAUGACCAGCAAACAUGUGCUUUCGCGGAAUCGGAGCAGCACCACCAACAGUGAAGACAAGUACCUGGAAAAUUUUAUAUUAACGGAAAACAAGCAUCCGCCGCCGCCCCCAGACCCGGGCCACGACGACAGCAACAUGGUGAAGCAAGUGAUUUACAUGCUUGUUGCAGUCGUCGUGUUGUUUGCGAUUUGUUGGACCCCCCUUUUAAUCGACAAUCUGCUAACAGCGUACGAGAUCCACCCCAAUAUUCGGUGCGGUUUCCUUAAAUACAUGUCAAUAGCGUUCCAUUUACUAGCAUAUUUCAACAGUUGUAUUAAUCCAAUUAUUUAUGGCUUCAUGUCCAAAAGCUUCAGAGAAAGUUUCAAGCUUGUACUGUGCUCGUGUUGUUCGUCCGACCUCCGAGGACAUAGAGGGAGCAACUACAGUUUGAGGUACGUCUCAAGGACAGGGUCUCAGACAAGGACGACGUCCUACAGAUGAAGGAAUGGGAGAGGGAAAUAACUUAGCCAACAGUAUUCACUAACUUAACGUUUAUUUUUACACAUUGUAUGAACCACAAAUAAGUUUCAAAGCAUUAAUUUAUUCACUACUGUGUAUAUAUAAAAUGAGUGCAUUAAUAAAGUGAUAACUUUGACAUAAAUCUAAUCGU